AUGCUUGGAGCAUGAGAUCCGUGAUGAUAGUAUGGUGUUAGGUCGUGCCUGUAAUGAUUUUCUGUUAUGCUUGCCUUGAGAUUAAAUUAGUCGUCUUAUAUAUCGUUAUAUAUGUGUGUGGCUUGUGUCGCUUCUAUGGUAAUUUCUCGUGAAAUAUGCAGUCGCAACACACGUUGGUCACAUAGUAAACAAAUGGAUAACUUAGGAUCUAAGGAGGCGUCCUGUCUAUACUCAAAUGUUAAAAAAGCAGAGGAAGACAAGAAUUAUAUUAGUAAUUAUAAUAGCAGUGCUCAUCUAUAAUGAAUAUAUUGCCUAUUCCCUCAAAAAAUGGUUUUCAUGGCCAACCAUCCACUGCAGUACUUCCUCAAAAUGCAUAAAAAUUUUGCUGGUUGCUGAUCCUCAGAUUCUUGGAGAGCAGUAUGAAGUUUAUUUUCCAAGAGGCUUAAUCUCACGGUGGGAUAGUGACAGAUAUAUUUACAAAGUGUUUCAAAAGGCUGUCUCUCAUGUGGAUCCACAUGUUGUGGUGUUCCUUGGAGACAUUAUGGAUGAAGGAAGUGUUGCCACAGAUGAUGAGUUCAAAAGAUACAUAGAAAGGUUUCAUAAUGUCUUUCAUGUUAACCACAGGGCCAAGUUUGUUUUCCUGCCUGGUGAUAAUGAUAUUGGAGGAGAGACUGAACCAUUGAGUAUUAGAAAAAUGAAAAUGUUUCAAGAAACAUUCAAGCAGCCAGAUGUUAUGCACUUAGGACACAUUGAUAUGUUUAAGGUCAGUAGGAUAGCUUAUACUGUUCCAAAACGAGAAAAAAAUAUAAGCCAUUUACAAGGGAAUAGGACACGUAUAAUAUUCACUCAUAUGCCCUUGCUCUUUGUACCAUCAACGUUUGUACAACAGGUUGUGACCCAAAUCCGUCCUCAUGCAAUAUUCUCUGCACAUGACCACAAAUCCCGGCACAUCUCUGCUGAUGCAGAGACAGGUGAAAGAAUAUUAGCAGAGAUGUUGCCCCCUAAUGCUGGCCCAGUGUGGCAGUACCAGUUGAAUACUGGGCUUGUACAUGAACUGAUGGUGCCCACCUGUUCAUAUCGUAUGGGUGUUUCAAACAUGGGCUUUGGAGCAGCAGUAAUUGAUGGUACCACUGACACCAUGCUCUAUGCUGUCCUGUGGCUACCCUCCCGCUUCUGGCAGCUUUACAUGUAUAUCAUAACUCUGAGUAUGAUAUGUAUGUUUAUAAUACUGAUACUUUGUCAACAUGUAUGGUUUAGGAUUAGGCAUAAGCUUAGAAGAGGAGCAAAUAACACAAAACAUACUGUUUGAUUUUAGAGAAAUAUCAAGUGGGUUAAUAUAUAGAACUGGCAGCAAAUCCUCAACUCCACAAUGCUCCACACAGUAUGCAUAUGAGACUUGGUCCAUCUUAGAUAAGUCUUGGAUUUCGUGUAAGAAAGACUGAUUUCACUGAAAUAGGUAUGGGGAAGUGGAAGUAUAGUUCCAUGCAUUCUUAACUGCAGCCCUGGAUGAAGGAAUGGGUAUAAAAUUAUGUGAGGCAGGGGCAGUAAUUUGACCUCAGUAUGGGAGACUGUUGUGAUAAAGAGGUUAUCUUACAUGUUUGGAAUAAUAUACUGUAACGUCAUAUUGUAAUACAUUGUUUAUUAUUGCUGAGUCAACACAUUCUUGCAUAUACAUGCCGUAUGUUUGCAUGUACUACAUGUUUUGGCCUAUUGUGGCCAUCAUCAGGUACAUAGAGCCUUUACAAUCACCCUCCAUUCUGUCCGCUAUACCUCCCUUCUCUGGCUAUUUUUCACACAUGGCAGUUCAUUGUACAGGUAUGUUUUUUAAGUAAUGCAUGUAUGUUAUGAAAUAUAUUAAAUAUUAAAAUAUUCUAAUUGGCAUUAAACUUAAGUUCAAUGUUAAAAGGUGUGUAUGUGCAUGCAUGUGUGUAAUUGAUGUAAUUAUGAAAAGAAACAGUUAUUGACUAAAGCAGUGUUACAGUUCUGAAUAUCUACAAUUAUUGCAACUGUUACUCAAGACACACUGAGUGAAAUAUGGAGAUACACUGAGUAUAACUUUAAUUUUUCAAGGAGCUUUUGAAUAUGACUUUCAGGUUUCAAGUAUCAAACAGUGCCUGCACUGAAUAUAUAGAAAAUGCUUGGACACUUACCUCAUUUUCCAUUUUAAAAACUCAGUCAUCUUUGUAAAUCAGUUAUUUUGUGAAAACAAUCUCAAAAUAGUGAUUUUUUUCAGGUAAUCUUGUGAGUAUUUCAUUCUAUAUUCAUGAGUGUUUUUAUGUGUAAUCGUGACCAUUGCUCUCAUUAUGUUCUUUCAGUUGCACAGUGUAAAAGUCCUAUUAUGAUGAAAGGUUAAUUAUAUUUCAUAGUUUCAGAGCUCAGGUUGACAAUCAUUCUGCAUAUUUUUCAGAAAGUUUUAAAUCUUGCCUCUUGCAGAAAAAUGAAGGAAAUAACUCAGUUUAGCAAUAUCAGAUAUGAUGCUUGAUAGUUUGUUUCACUCUUUUCUUAUGUAUGUAUUUAUGGUUGGAUACGAAAGAUGAUACUACAGUGUACAAAGAAUGACUUUAUAAUCUGUACAUAGUAUAUUUUUUUGCUUUUUUAAAUGGUGUUUUUAAAAACCUAGUGUGUUAUAAAAAAAUUAAGUACAUGCCAUAAUCUGUUGUCAUCUUCCAUAAUAAUAUAUUUUCCAUUUGAACUA